AUUUUGCUCCGAGGAUCCCAGAGUCUACCGUUGAUGGCAGAUUGGAAGCAAACAAUCUCCAUCUCCAUCUCCUUCCCGUCUCGUAUAUUCCAAUCAAAUCCCUAAUAUACCCUCAAUUGCGACUGGAAUUCCUCUGAACAUGGACCCGAUCCAAACUCUUCCUCCUCUUUCGAGCCUUUCUUCCUCUCUACUAUCCUUUCUCAACGAGAAGCUCAACGCCGAUGAGGAUCUCGCUCAAGCCCCGAACCGUGUCUCUGAGCUGCAGACUCAGUGCCGUGACUUGGAGCAGACCCUAAUCAACCUUCGUUCGAGCCUAGAAUCACGUCUUCUUUCUUAUGCUUCUUUCUCUGAUCGCAUUGGUGGACUUUUCGGCGAUGUUAAUGCCAGGUUGAUUGAUCUCAGUUCGCUAACUCGAUCUUGCGGUUCUCUGUCAGGUGGAGGCGAAAUUAAUGGGAGGAAGGAGCAGAUAUUGGGGCAGGAACUUCCUGCCCUGGCGAAGGAGGUAGCGAGGGUGGAGACAGUGCGAGCCUAUGCUGAGACAGCAUUGAAGCUUGACGCUUUGGUUGGUGAUAUUGAAGAUGGUGUAUCUGCUGCUAUCAACAAAAACCGUAAGAAAAAUGCUUUCCCACAAAAUUCAGAUGAAAUGCGUCUGCUUGUGAUAAAAGCACUUAAAAACGCGGAAGACAUUUUAACUUCAGUAACAAAAACUCGCCCCCAGUGGUCACAUCUUGUGUCAGCAGUUGAUGACAGAGUAGAUCGAGCUUUGGCCAUUUUAAGGCCUCAAGCAAUUGCAGAUCAUCGUGCCCUUCUUGCUUCCCUUGGAUGGCCCCCGCCACUAUCUGCUUUGACUUCCUUAGAUCCAGCAACAAGAAAAACUACAGAACUUCCUAAUUGUCUUUUCACAAUGCAAGGGGACCGUAAGCAUCAAUACUGUGAAAACUUCCUUGCCUUGUGUAACCUGCAGGAGUUGCAGAGACAGAGAAAAUCUCGGCAGCUUGAGGGCCAAAAUAGGGAAGUAGCUUUGCACCAGCCACUUUGGGCAAUUGAAGAGCUUGUAAAUCCUAUAUCGGUUGCAUCCCAACAACAUUUUUCAAAGUGGAUUGAGAAGCCCGAAUUCAUUUUUGCUCUUGUAUAUAAGAUUACCAGGGAUUAUGUCGACUCUAUGGAUGAAUUACUGCAGCCACUGGUUGAUGAAGCAAUGCUUACCGGGUACAGUUGCAGAGAAGAAUGGAUUUCAGCAAUGGUAACCUCCUUGUUUACCUACUUGGCAAAAGAGAUAUUCCCUACUUAUGUUGAUCAGUUGGGAGAAGAAAGUGACACGGGUGCUCGAUUACAGGCUAGAAUUUCAUGGCUUCAUCUUGUUGACUUGAUGAUUGCUUUUGAUAAACGAAUUCACUCUCUAGCAUCGCAGUCUGGAAUCUCGAUUUCCAUUCAGGAAGAUGGGAACUCAAAGAAGAUUUCUUCCUUAUCAGUCUUUUGUGAUCGACCUGACUGGCUUGAAUUAUGGGCGGAGAUAGAGCUUUGCGACACACUUGAGAAGCUCAAGCUGGAGACGGAUAAUGAAAGAAAUUGGACGAUGAAAGUUCCCGAGACACUUCUUUUAUCUGGCCCUGAAGAUUACAAGUCUCCUGCCAUUUCUAGUGUCUUUCUUCGGCGUCUAUCAUUAGUAGUUGAACGCUGUAAAAUAUUGCCUACCAUUUCUUUAAGGUCAAGUUUUAUCAAAUUAGUUGGAGUGCCUAUUGUACACAAAUUUUUGGAUUGCUCACUUUCAAGAUGCCAGGAAGCUGAAGGACUGACUGCCUUAACGGAUAAUGAUGCUUUGAUUAAAGUUGCGAACUCCAUUAAUGCUGCACGUUAUUUUGGUUCUGUCUUGAAGGAAUGGUCUGAGGACGUGUUCUUCCUUGAGAUGGGACUGGAUCAGGCGGAUCAACUUGGAUUGUCUUUUGGUGGUAAUGGUGAUAUUAAGGAGCUAAUUGGUGGAUCUGAUUGUGGUAUUUUUGAGGAGGAUAUCACAAAGUUGGAGAAUUUUCGAAAAGAGUGGGUUGAGAAGAUAUCAAUAGUUGUUUUGAGGGGAUUUGAUGCUCGCUGUCGAGAUUAUAUAAAAAACAAGAGGCAGUGGCAAGAAAAGAGUGAAGAUGGUUGGACAGUGUCAAAGUCUCUUGUAGAGGCUCUAGAUUAUAUACAAGGAAAACUAUCUAUUUUAGAAGAGCAAUUGAAUGGGAUAGACUUUGUUGGGUUAUGGAGAAGCUUAGCUGCUAGCAUGGAUCGGCUGAUUUUUAACGGCAUUCUCAUGAGCAGCGUCAAAUUUUGUGAUGAUGGUGUUGAGAGGUUGGGUAGGGACUUAGAGUUUUUAUUUGGUGUAUUUGGAGCUUGGUGUCUGAGGCCUGAAGGUUUCUUCCCCAAAGUGAGCGAGGGCCUGAAGUUGUUGAAGAUGGGGAAGAAGCAACUUGAAGAUCGUUCGGUAGGAGGUGAGAAAUGGAUGUUGGAGACAGGACUUAGGCAUUUGACUGUAACUGAGGCUGAAAAGAUAGUGAAUAGUAGAGUAUUCAUGAUUUGAAGGCUUCCAAAAUAAAUUUACUCUUCCUUUCCUUAUCAUUACGGGCUGAGGUACUGCGGACUUGGACAUAAAAGAGAGGUUUUAGGUCAGUAACAUCGCUCAUGCAAUUGCUGGAUUUUUUUUCGUUCUCUUCUUGGUUGUAUAUGAUUCUCAACCUAUUGAACUGGCCCAUAGAUCUCUGGAAAACAGACAACAGAAACAUGAAAUUGUUUUAUUUAUACUGUGGAUAUUAUAUCCUAGCUGCAAAAUUAAUUUGAUUUUAAGGAGAUCAGUCUAUGAAUAAAGAAGGUGACUUGCAUUCAUUUA